GUUAGAUGAAUCAUUAAUUCCAAAUCAACAUGCUUUAACCAACCUCCCAAAACCAUUUUCCAGGAAAAAAAAAGGAAACUUAAAGAAAAACCCCCUCAAACUCACUCCCCCUCUCUCCACCCCGCGUUCCUCUCUCCCUCUUCACCUGUGAUCUAUUCUCUCCUCCUUGUUCUGCUACACCAUCGAGCGUCGGUACCACUGUCUCACCGCCGGCGAUGCCUUUCUCGUGGUUGUUGAUAUUGUUCUUGUUGUUGAUGCUCCGUAGCUUUUCUCUCCCCUCCUUCCUCUACGUUGUCGGCUCUGCUGCUACUCCACCACCACCAACGGUGGUCGUGAUUUCGUCACCAAUCAUUCUCCAUCACAAAUUGAACGGUGUUGUGGCGGUGUUGUGGCGGUGGUGGUGGCCACCUUGUGCGUUGUUGCUGUUGUUGCCCUUUUCUCUCCCCCCUCCCUCUCCCCCGCUCUCCUAUCAACUCUCUAGCUCCUCCGCCGAGCUCGCCGGAACACCAGCCCCGCGGCGGCGUGAUGUGGCUGCUAUUGCGGUUGCUUCUUUAUUUUGUUUCUCUUGUUGCAUGUACACUCGACGUACAAGUUCACAAAAUUUGAUUCCUAUUGAUCUUGAAAUCGAGGCUACUGCACGUAAGCAGGGGACUAAGCGGAGACAAAAUAAGAAGAAGGAAGCAAUGGGUGGUGAAGCACCUGCCAAAUUUCUUUGGGAAUAUGGUAUACCGGACACAACCACCGGUAUACUUUCUAGUAUCGUUAGACCAGCCGUCACUGCAUCAUAUUUUGAACUGAAGCCCGAAUUUAUCCAAUUCAUAUCAAAUGAUUCAUUUUCAGGCUCACCUAACGAUUGCCCUGUAAGUGAUAUUGAUAGCUUUUUGGAGAAGUGCGAUACAAUGAAAAUCAACAAUGUAAGUGACGAUGCUAUUAGACUUCGCCUUUUCCCUUUCUCUCUCCGGGAUAAGGCAAAGGAGUGGUUGAGAGAUGAAGGUGCAGGCUCAUUCGAUACAUGGGAUAAGCUAGUCAAGGCAUUCUUAGUGAAGUUUUUAGGCCAAGAGAAAACUGCCAAGGUAAGAAAUGAGCUAACCACCUUUCGUCAAACCGAUGAUGAGUCAUUGUAUGAAUCUUGGAGAAGGUUUAAACGUUCACUAGUAGAAAAAAUAUCAUUUGCAGCGCGCAUAAAAGGGGCUUUUUGCAGCGUAUUUGAGCGCUGCAAUUGUGAUGGCUGCAAAUAGUAGACUUUUAUUCACAGCGAACUAAAACGCUGCAAAAACCCAUUAAUUACAGCGCAUGGUGUUUCACAUGCGCUGCAAAUUGUCCAUUUUUCACAGCCCUUGCAGUACACAGGCGCUGCAAAAAGAGGUUUCAAAGCUACAUU